AUGACUAUCACUCAACAGCCCAGGAUCAAGUCUUUCGAGACUCGGCUCUUCAUUAACGGAGAGUUCAAAGAUGCGUCUGAUGGCGGAAAGUUCGACCUCGCCUCGCCCGCCACAGGAGAGAAGUUUGCCCAAGGUGAGUCUUCCAUCUUCUUUCACAAGCAAUUGAAAAUUCCGGUAUCAAGCCAGGACCAAACUCUGAUUCCCUCAUUCUCCCCUCCAGUCGCCGAAGCCAGCGUAGACGAUGCGAACGCGGCCGUGGCAGCAGCCAAAGCUGCCUUUCCAGCCUGGUCUGCCCUGUCCCCCGCUACGAGGGGCUCGUAUUUGAAGAAGCUGGCUGGUCUGAUCCUUGAAUCGCACGCCGAGCUGGCUGAACUUGAGGCCAUGUCGAUGGGUCGCCCCGUCUCCCACUACGUCGAAUCCUAUGCCUCUGCACAGUCUUUGAACCAUUUUGCCGAACUCGGCUGUCAAGUCCUCGGCACAACGAGCUUGAACACCCCUGGCUUUGUCAACAUGACCUUGCGACAGCCGUACGGCGUUGUCGGUGCAAUAAUUCCGUGGAAUGUGCCGGUGUACUUUCUGAUCAGCAAGUCCGCCCCGGCUUUGAUGGCAGGAAACACGGUGGUGGUGAAAAGUAGUGAAAAGGCCCCAUUGACGUCCGCCAAAGUUGCCACUCUCGUUCAAAAGGCUGGCUUCCCCCCUGGAGUGUUCAAUAUCAUCUCUGGUCAUGGUCACAUCUCCGGAAAUGUUUUGUCGCACCACAUGGAUGUCCGAGCCAUCAGUUUCACUGGAUCAGGACGAACCGGCCGUCUCAUCCAAGAAGCAUCCGCCAAGUCCAACUUGAAGAAUGUGAUCCUUGAACUUGGCGGAAAGUCACCAGCGAUCAUCUUUCCCGACGCCAAUCUCGAAAAAGCAGUUGAAGAUACCAAGCGUGGCAUCCAGUUCAACAGUGGCCAGGUCUGCAUGGCCAAUUCGCGUAUCUACGUCCAUGAUUCCAUUGCUUCUGAGUUCAUUGAGAUGUUCAAGAAGACUUUCUCCCAGGUCAAGAGCGGUGAUCCGCUACUUCCAGAGACCAACCAUGGUCCCCAAGCCGACGCAAUCCAGUACAAGCAAGUGCAGUCGUACAUCGAAGAAGGCAAAAAGGUUGGUAAGAUGAUUUUGGGAUCAGAGCCAUCUGAGCAUAGCAAUGGGUAUUUCAUUCAACCUACGGUCUUUGUCGAGACUCCAGAAGAUUCAAAAGUGAUGAAGGAAGAAAUCUUCGGUCCCGUCGUGAACAUCAACACCUUCACAGACGAGGAUGACGUUGUCGCGAGGGCGAACGACACCGAGUAUGGACUCUACGCCUCAGUGUAUACCAAGGAUGUGAACCGUGCCUUGCGUAUGGCCAAAAAAUUGGAAUCUGGAAUGGUUGGAGUCAAUUGCACCAGUCCGACCAGCGCACAAGAUAUGCCAUUCGGAGGUUACAAGGCCAGCGGUACAGGACGAGAAGGGUGGACCGUAAGCAUUGAGAAUUAUCUUGAGGUGAAAAGCGUGUUCAUCAAGAUCGAUGACGAAUAA